AUGACUGCCACAGUCCAGUCCCUGCGCACCCUGCUGCAACACUCCACAAUUGAAGACCACGACGAAAUCCUCAAAGCUAGCAAUGAAGUUUUGAAAAAAUCCAAAACCGAUAUCCAAGCCCAACAUUCCAAGGUUGUGGCAUUGAUCAAACUCGAUCGCUACGACGAUACAUUGCGUGUUUUCGAAGAUGCGGGAGAUGCGCUGAAGGAGAAAGCCGCAGUGGAAUAUGCUUAUGCGCUGUAUAAAUGUGGGCGCUUAAGAGAGGCUGCGGAGGUUGCUGCGAAAUCUGCCGGCGGCCGGGGUGCGAAGCACGUGGAGGCUCAAGCUAGCUACCGUGCCGAGAACUUUGCCAACGCCGCGACAAUAUACGAAAGCCUGUUGGGAGAGGAGGAAGAACUAGGAAAUGAGUACAACGAUUUGCGUAUCAACACCUGGGCUACAGAUGCGCAAAGAUUAUGGCAGAGAGAAGGCGAUCUGUCCCGAACGAGGAAACCUGCUCGGGAGGAUCUAGAAUCAUUCGAGACGUCCUACAAUGCGGCUUGUGCAAGUCUGGCGAGGGGUGAUCUCAAGCAAGGCGAGAUAUUGUUGAAGAGAGCAAAAGAACUUUGCAAGACAUCCGAGGAUCUGUCGCCCGAGGAGAAAGAGAGCGAACUACUGCCUAUUACGAUUCAGCAACUUUACACGCUUGUCAGCCAAGGCAGAGUAGAAGAUGCCGAAGAAAUUGUGAAAGAGAUUUCUCUUGAUAACAUUGCAGAGAAGUCGACCACGAGAAUCGCCCAGAACAACAUCCUCAUCACACAAAACUCGACUAUCAAUCCUUAUAUACUACACAAGCAAUUUCACAACGCACCGGAGCCCGAAGGCAGCGAUACGUUUUUCAAGUUUCAGUCGGAUGCUCUCGAAGCAAAUUCUCAUGCUCUAGACCUACAAGUCCAGAAAUACGAUGGCGUCAUCCGGUCGACCACCAAGGCACUAGCACAGCGCCCUUAUCCAUCAACAGAGCCCCACGAUAAUCUGUUGUCGAUUUACAAUGCUGCAGCUCGAGUGCGCGGUGAAACCCAUCCAAAGGCUAUUCAGGAUCUACGUUCGUUGCUCGACCGACGGCCCAAGGAUAUCGGCCUAGUCCUCACUAUCGUUCAACUAUAUGCUGGGGUUGGGAACACUACAUCCGCCAUCAAUGUCUUGGAAAGCAGUCUACGGGCACUUGAAGAGUCGAUUUCCGAAAGCGAUCAAGCUGUGCGCUACAACCCCGGAUUGAUCAGUGUGUUGAUUGCGCUGUACCAGUGCGAAGGUCGCAAGUCCCAUAUCAAGGCGGAACUUGGCAAAGCAGCAUCCUUCUGGCGUCAACAGAGCAGUCCACAACAACCCUCGUCCCUUUUGCGGGCAGCCGCCGCUUCACUACUCCAUUCCUCAGAUCCUGCUGAUCUAGCCAUUUCUCAGGAACUGUUUAGCACUCUCCGGCAAAAGAAUCCGGCGGACAAGUUUGCGCUCGCAGGUUAUGUAGCAUCAUACGCCACUAGUGAUAUAGGAAAAGUCCAAAAGGAACUCAACAUACUGCCGAGGUCUCAAGAUCUCGUAUCCGACAUUGACAUCACGGCCUUGGAAAACGCCGGCGUACCUCAAUCACAGGCAAGCCUUGCAGCCAACGCCGCAGUCAUCGCAGGCGCCCGCAAGAGAGCGGCAACCAAGGAACAACAAAACGCUCGUGCCAAGAAGCGAAUCCGCAAGUCGAGACUACCCAAGGACUAUGACGCGAGCAAGAAGCCUGAUCCAGAGAGAUGGCUACCGCUGCGUGACCGGUCUUCGUAUCGACCAAAGGGCAGGAAGGGCAAGCAAAGAGCGGCGGAUCGGACGCAGGGAGGAAUUGUCAACGAGAAGGUUGAAGCAGAGAAGCCAAAGGCUGCGACUGCGGGUACUACGUCGGCGAAGAAGAAGAAGGGCAAGCGAUGA